AAUUAUGGCUGCACCAUUCUUUCUGAUGGGUGGACAGAUGGCAAGAACCGCACCAUCAUCAAUUUUUUGGUCGCUUGCAAGGACAAUGUAGUGUUCUUGAAAUCUGUUGAUGCCUCCAACAAGGUGAAAAAUGCAGAAACAUUGGCUGGAAUGUUGGAGCGUGUCAUCAUGGAGGUGGGGGUAGAGAAUGUGGUGCAAAUCAUCACAGAUAAUGCAGCAGCAUAUGUGUCAGCAGGAAGAAUCCUCCAAGAGAGGCACCCCACUCUUUUUUGGACACCUUGUGCAGCACAUGUCCUUGACCUUCUUUUGGAGGACAUAGGAAAACUUGAGUGGGUGACUCCAGUUGUGGAAGAUGCAAGGAGGAUCACCAAAUAUAUCUACAAUCACCCUUGGGUCCUAAAUUUGAUGAGACAACACACGCAAGGGAAAGAUUUGGUGAGAGCUGGUGUCACAAGGUUUGCAACGAUUUUCUUGACGUUGCAAAGCAUUCUUGCUGCAUUGACUUCUUUGAAACAAAUGUUUGUGAGUGGAGAAUGGCUUAACUCACCUUAUUCAAAGAAGCCUCAAGGAGAGGCUGUCGCAUGCAUAGUCUUCGACAACCAAUUUGCACAAAGGGUUGCAGAGAUUGUGAAGGUUGUUACUUCAAAACUUUAAUUUUUAAAUUUUAGUUAUUCUUGAUUCAAGUCUCUCAUUACUAAUUUGUAACUUCAUUAUUUAAAUUUUGAUCUUUUUGUAAUUUGUAUUUUUCAAUUGUAGGUGUCAGAGCCCUUGGUUUGAGUUCUUCGCUUGGUGGAUGGGGAUAAAACCCCAAUGGGAUAUCUUUAUGAGGCCAUGGAUAGGGCCAAAGAGUCUAUCAAAAAUUACUACAAGGGGGAUAGGCUCAAAUUUGAUCCCAUUUGGGAAAUUGUUGAUAGGAGGUGGAACAAUCAGCUCCACCAACCCAUUCAUGCAGCAGGGUACUUCCUCAACCCUCGUUUUAGGUUCGGGGGUUCUUACUCAGAUUCGAAUGGAAA